GAUGGAGGGACGGCGCCGCCGGGAGCACGAGAGGAGGCGAGCGGACGCCAUGCUGGUGGACAAGAAGCGGGCCUCGCGGCCCUCCUCCAUGGUCUUCGCCAACUACGGCCAGCUGAGGACGCACGACGACCUGCAGUCGGCCGGCUCGCCGACCUCCGCGCCGCGCGACAAUCGUGAGAUGUCGCCGAGCGUGAGGGAGGGUGGUGGCGAGGACGCCUGCACGCUGAAGAAAGGGGUGAUCUGGUACUGCAAGGACACGCUGCUGAGCCGCUGGAACUGGAAGGAGCGGUACUUCAUCCUCACCAAGGAUUACCUCUCCUGCUUCAAAAAAGCCAAGAGCCAGUACUCUGACAUGGGAGCGUUUCUGUUUAAGCUGCCCCUGGCCUCGCUCUGCGGUGUGGAGUGGGACCGGUUGCGUGGCAUGGCCACCGUCGCCAUCAUCGACCCCAAGGAGGGACGCCUGCUCAUCAGGUCGACGCAGGACGUCCUCGACCAUUGGUACAAGGUACUGAAGAAGGCCACCGAGGGCAGCAAGGAACGCCGGCGCGUGCUGCGCAUGUCCAGCAGCAACCUGUCGACGCUCAGCUCUGGCUCUGGCACGCCGCGCGCGCUGCGCUCUUCGCUCAGCGACUCGAGCCCGGCCAUCGACCGGCUCUGCGAGCGCGUGGAGCGCGAGGUGUGGGGCGGCGGCGGCUCGGCCGGCCGCCUCAUGCGCCGCCAAAAGAGCGAGAUGGACGCCGGCCUCGUGCUGCGACGCCAGCUGCACUACGCCAGCCAGAAGCGGCUCAACCGACAGUCGAUGAGGCCGGAGAUGGAUAUUUACAAUACGAAACAGAAAGCGACGAAUGACGUCACGCUUCGAAACGGCGUCAACAAACGACACAACGACUCGUUGGACUCCGCUGGCCACUCGCCGUCCACAACGCCGUCCAAGUCGUCGAUGAGCAGCACGGAGGGAGCCGAGGUGGUGCUGCGCCGCGCUGCCGCCGGCGGCGCCACCGGCAGCCCGCAGUUCGGUGCAGGUGGCGCGCCGGUCGUGCUGCGGACCAGCUCUGUUCGGCGCCGUGGCCGCGGCCGCGCACCGGCUGGCGUGCACGGCGACCAGAUCCGGCCACACAGCAUCCUCUGCGAGACGCCCUCUGACCCCACCGAGGUCGUGCUCCGGCGCAAGGAGCGCGCACCUCAGCCGCGCCAAGACAACAAGCUGCAGAACCGGCGCAGCUGUGACCUCUCCCUGAUCAAGCGCCGGUCCGCCUACCUGACGCAGUACGAGUACUGA